AUGGACAAACAAAAACGGAGAUAUGUGAGGAAGUUUUUCGAACGAACUAAUAAGAAACCUGAGGAAGUUUUUGACUUCAUCAAAGAACGGGAAAAAGUGAUACGAGAGCGUUAUUCAGAGACCUCUAACCUCAUUAGUCAUGAGUAUGUAAGCAUGAUUCUACGUGAUGCUAUUUUUAUCAUGGAGCUCCUUUUGAGGAAUUUUGAAAGAGCUAAGGACAAGUUGUUAAGGGUACCAGCUGAUAAACUUGCUUUAAAGUUGGACUUGGUGUUACUGGAAAAUCAACUUCCGUAUUUUUUACUUGAGGAAAUAUGCAAGUCAAUUGUCAGUAGCCCUUCCUUUACUGAAAUUUGUUUAAAAUUCUUCGGGUCUCUGUUUUUUGAUCGUCGUAUUCAAGCUGACCGCCGAACAGGUUUCAAGCAUUUCACAGAUUUGCUAAGACGGGCUCUGGUGCGACGCCUCCCUAAUGACGAGUCGGGUUCGGAAAUAAUUGAAGAUGAUGAAGAUUUACCUCCGUUACCUUGUGCCACGAAGUUAGAUGAAUCAGGAGUGAAAUUUACAGGCUUUUCAUCGCGGCACUUACUUGAUGUAAACUUUGAUGGAGGCGAGCUGAGAAUGCCACAACUUUUAGUUAACCACCAGACAGAAACUUUGCUUCGGAACAUAAUGGCUUUGGAGCAAUGUCUCUAUCCACGUGACCCUGUCGUCUGUGAUUAUGUUAAACUGCUAGAUUCUCUUAUUGAAGAAGAACGGGAUGCGCAGUUGCUUGUUGAUACAGGAAUUAUUUCCAAUUCCAUAGGCGACAGUAAGGCAUUAGCAAGUUUGUUUAACAAACUUGGCGCAGAAAUUCCUCUAUCCAGUUCUAUUUACGAUAAAGCUUGUAAGGAUAUGAAGGAUUUCUCUCAGAAUAAAUACAAUCGAAACAAGGCAAAAUUGCAAAGGGUGUAUUUCGGUGAUAUCUGGAAAGGCACAGCAACUAUUGCAGCUUCUUUAUUCUUGAUACUCACUUUUCUACAAACCAUAACUUCUCUCAAGCAAUUGUGA